UUUCCUGGGGACGGAAAAGGUAGUGCUGGGUGGGGCGUGGUGGCCUACGGGCUCCAAGUGGUACCGGGGGUGGAGUCGCAGCUUGGAGUCUCUGUGGGCCCCUUAAGCUAGGAGGAAGAAAAAUAACCGGAAUAGAGUGCAAAACAAAAACACGCAGCCUCCCUGCCCACGAGCCCUUGGGCAAAACCGAGGGGCCCCUGGCAAGAUGCCGCUUUCCAUCUUCAUCUGCAAGGACCCCACCCCUUGGUUGUUUGCUGUGCCUCUGCCACACGCAUCCUAAGCCAACCUAACUGCUGAGUCACUGUGAGCUAGUGAAUCAGGGUUCCCCUGCUAUAUAGUCCCGAGAUCAGCUCCAGUUCUCUGGCAGCAAGAUUUUCUUAGGUGUGCAGGGGAAACUGCAGCACACUCUGACACGGAGCCUCCAGGCACAUUCCUGCAGUGACCCCCUCCAGACUAUCCGUCUCAGAGGGCCAGUAAAAAGAAGAAAAGCCUUGAAGUAAGAAUUCUCUCUGCAGACUUAACAAUGGGAAACUCCAAGAAAGUCACCCUCACUGUUCUCAGCCAGGAGCAGGCUGAAGGUGUGGGGGCUCGAGUCAGGAGAAGCAUUGGCAGACCUGAGUUAAAAAAUCUGGAUCCAUUUUUGCUAUUCGAUGAAUUUAAAGUGGCUAAACCAGCAGGAUUUCCUGAUCACCCACACCGAGGUUUUGAAACAGUGUCUUAUUUGUUGGAAGGAGGCAGCACAGCCCAUGAGGAUUUCUGUGGACAUGCUGGUAAAAUGGACCCUGGUGAUUUGCAGUGGAUGACUGCUGGCCGUGGGAUCCUGCAUGCAGAAAUGCCUUGCUCUGAGGAAACCGUUCAUGGUCUACAACUCUGGGUCAAUUUGAGGAGUUCAGAAAAGAUGGUGGAGCCCCACUAUCAAGGACUGAAAAGUAAAGACAUCCCCAAACCCAGUAAGAAUGGUGUGACAAUAGCUGUUAUCUCAGGAGAAGCCCUGGGAGUCAAGUCCAGGAUUUUUACUCGCACACCUACCUUAUAUUUGGAAUUCAAAUUGGACCAAGGAGCCAAGCAUUCCCAGCCUGUUCCUGAAGGAUGGACAGCCUUCAUUUACACAAUGUCUGGCAAUGUGUAUGUUGGCCCUGAUGGUGAACAAGAAAAAAUUGAACCUCAUCACUCUGCAGUGUUGGGGGAUGGUGACAGUGUCCAGGUAGAAAACAAGGAUGCUGAAAGAAGCCACUUUGUCUUAAUAGCUGGGGAACCAAUUAAGGAACCAAUUGUCCAACAUGGUCCGUUUGUGAUGAAUACAGAAGCAGAGAUUUCUCAAGCUAUUAUUGAUUUCAGAAGUGGCAAGAAUGGAUUUGAAAGAGCCAGAACUUGGAAAUCCAAGAUAGGAAACCAGUGAAAAAGUAACAAGAGUAGGUCUAGCUACUUACCAGAUUGUUUCCAUUUGUGUUACACUCUCAAAGCACAUUAAAAAACCCAAGUAUGUACCAGUACUGUUUCAAGAUUACACACCGAAGUAUGAUAAAUGUACUUAGUUUUAUAUAGAAACAUGUGGAAAGAGAUUUCUGAUAUAUACAAAUA